GAGGAGAGUAAGCAGAUCCUAGUUCUAGGCCUGGAUGGAGCAGGGAAAACCAGCGUCCUCCACACCUUAGCUUCAAACAGAGUCCUGCGCAGCGUGGCACCCACGCAAGGCUUCAAUGCGGUGAGCAUCGACGCGGGAGGCAGCCUCAUGGAGUUCCUGGAGAUUGGUGGUAGUGAGCCCUUCCGCUCCUCCUGGGAAAUGCACCUGUCCAAGGGACUGCUGCUCAUCUUCGUGGUGGAUUCAGCUGAUCACAGUCGAUUGCCUGAAGCCAGGAAAUACCUUCACCAACUCAUCGAAGCCAACCCAGUCAUUCCUCUGGUUGUGUUUGCACACAAACAGAUAUCAGCCUUACCUUGCUGGGUCCCUUAACACCGUCACAGAACCUUCCGCUGUAGGACUAACAGCUCAGGUUUCGAGCAGGCAGUUUACUGUGCGUCCCACCCCCAGAGGGUCACCGGCCCUGCCCGGACCGAGAGCAGCACAUCCGGGAAAGUCUCACAGGCUCUCGGUGAUGGAAUCGGGUAGGUUCUACUGGUACAGGAAAGAAAGGAGACUCCACACUGGAUGAUUUCCAGACAUGUGCAGGGGACCCCUCGCUGGGCGGACGCAGCGCGCUCAGCUGCAGCCCUGGCUACUUCGGAGGCUGAGGCAGGAGGACUGCUUGAGGCCUGAAGUUAUAUGACUGACCUGGGCAACAAAGACCCUUUCCAAGAACAAAAAAAUGUUGUAAAACAGCAAAAAGCUAAUUACACGUGCAGCUUCAGUAGUGAAAAUGCCAGCAUUCUUGCAGAGGACUGAAAUACAGUUUACAUGAAGGAGCGGCAGAGCUCAUUUGCGUACUUUCACUGUCCCAGACCGCAGAGCUGAGCUGCCGUGCGCGCUGGGAGCUCUCCGAGCGGGGCCCCCUGCCUCGCCCCGGGGCUCCCCUUCUUCAGCCCUGUCCCCCUCGGUGGUCCCUGUCUCUCAAUGCCUCUUCCCUGGUCCGGUCUCCCUCCACCCGCAACUUC